CCACACGGGGCAUUUGGAAGGUGACACAUAGAAUAUCAAGUUUCUGUAAUCAUCUACAUUUCUGUCAGCUUUGCUUUCUGAAAACUACUCUGGCCGCCGACGCCUAUUCUGCCGCUGCCGCCGCCACUACCUCAGCAAGAAUAAGAAGAACAAGCAAUUAUUAGAAAAACAUAAAAAAAGCAUAACCAUCUUCAAAUUUCUUGAAAGAAAAAUGGAGUUAAAAACAGUUGAAGGAGUGAUGGAAAGUUUCCUCCGCCAGUGUGGUGGUUACGCCGUCAUCGACGGUGGCCUUGCGACGGAGCUCGAGAGGCAUGGUGCUAAACUCAAUGACCCUCUAUGGAGCGCCAAGUGCCUCAUUAGCUCACCUCACCUAAUUAGAAGCGUUCAUCUCGACUACCUUGAAGCUGGUGCAAAUAUCAUUAUAUCUUCAUCUUAUCAGGCUACUCUUCAGGGGUUUGAAUCUAAGGGAUUGUCAAGAGUAGAAGGGGAAAAUUUACUCAGAAAAAGUGUUGAAAUAGCACGUGAAGCACGAGAUAUGUAUUAUGACAGAGCUGCCAAAGGUUCCCGGGAUACUUUUGGAGACAAAGAUGAAAUAAUCCCGAGAAAACGUCCAGUUCUGGUUGCUGCAUCUGUGGGUAGCUAUGGAGCUUAUUUGGCUGAUGGUUCUGAAUAUAGUGGAGUUUAUGGAAAAAAUGUCAGUUUGGAGACUCUGAAAGAUUUUCACCGGAGAAGGGUCCAAGUAUUAGCUGAUUCUGGUGCUGAUUUGAUUGCAUUUGAGACUAUUCCGAAUAAACUGGAAGCUAAGGCAUAUGCUGAGCUUCUCGAGGAAGAGGCCAUUAACAUUCCAGCUUGGUUUUCCUUUAAUUCCAAGGAUGGAACCAAUGUCGUCAGUGGGGAUCCCAUUGCAGAAUGUGCCUUAAUAGCUCAUUCGUGUGAGCAAGUCAUCGGAGUUGGGAUCAAUUGUACGCCACCACGAUACAUUCAAGGACUUAUUCUCUCUAUUGGAAGGGUAACUACUAAGCCAAUUCUCAUAUAUCCAAACAGCGGUGAGACUUACGAUGCUGAUAGAAAGGAGUGGCUGCCAUCGAAUGGAGUUUCAGAUGUAGAUUUUGUGUCGUACGUGGGCAAAUGGUGUGAAGCUGGGGCUUCUCUUGUUGGAGGUUGCUGCAGGACAACCCCAAAUACCAUCAGAGCUAUUUCUAAGGCUCUCUCGUCCCGGUCCAAUGGGAGUUUCCCAUAGACUCAAAAGACUUGUGAGAGGAGGAAAAAAAUGUGGGAAAUAUUUUUCCAUGCUUUUGUAUGAACUGGUGCUAAAAUAAAUUUAAGUUUGUUCAGUUUACUAGUUUUUCCAAUAAAUUCUAGGGAUAAUUCUCAAUCAUCCUUCGAGACAGGUUAUCAAAGAUCAUAGACUUCGAUGGAGGAUUCACUUUAAAGGGAUGUAACAAAGUAACAUAAGGUACUAACAUUGAGUAA